UCGUAAUGGAAAGACGUGUUGAUUGUAGCACGCAGUUUGCGAUCUUAUGGCGAAAUACGAAGUUAUACAUAGCAUAAGUAAAGUUUCAAUUUAAUUUAAAACCUUAAAAGUUACACAGCGAGACAUUAACAGUGAAAAUUAUUUAUUUUGUAGUAUAUUUGACUUUUUAAUAACAUACGUAGGAAUGUUGUUUGAAAAUUCUUAUUAAUGUGAAUUUCGAAACUUUCGCGGAAUAACUUUUAGAGGACAUUUUCAUUGUGGUUACUGUGAAUAUAGUCAUAUUUUGUUUAAUUAAAAAGAAUCUGAAUAAAAACUAUAAGUUAAUUAAAAAGUACAAUUUUAAUGACAUUGUUAGCAAUUGAGUGAAUUUUUUUUAUGUUUUUCAAAGUGUUGCUAAAAUUUAUAGAGAAGUAUACUGCAAUUUCACAAGUUUUCAAAAAUGUGACAUGAUGCCAAUGCAAGGACACUUGACUGCAACAAUAUAAAAAAUAAUAAUUAUAAAAUGAACUUUUUAACUAAGAUUAAGCCAAGAUCAAAGUAAAAAAAAAUCAUGGAUUCGCAAUCAUUUCUGCGUACAAACGAAACGUAUGACGACUUUUAUAACCGAUGCAACAAUUUAUCAAAAUUCGACUGCAGUGAAGAGGAAAUGCUAUGGUGGUUGAUGGGGUCACGUAGACUGCCUCUGACGGAGAUAGUGCCGAUAAGUGUGGUGCUCGUGGUGAUAUUCCUGACUGGGGUGGUGGGUAAUGUUUGUGUUUGCGUGGUCAUAGUCCGCAACCCAGGACUGCAUACCGCUACGAACUAUUACCUGUUCAGUUUGGCUGUGAGCGAUCUGUUGCUGCUUUUGUUUGGCCUGCCAAAUGACCUAGCUGUGUACUGGCAUCAGUACCCCUACAGUUUGGGGCUCGUUUUCUGCAAGCUACGGGCUUUUAUAUCUGAAGCUGCAACCUACGUGUCAGUUCUGACAAUAUCGGCGUUCUCCUUGGAGCGGUACCUGGCGAUAUGUCACCCCCUGCACCUGUACGCGAUGGCGGGCCUCACUCGGGCCUCGCGCAUCAUUGUGGUGCUGUGGCUCGUGGCAUUCCUCAGCGCGUCGCCCUUCGCUCUCUAUAGUGACAUCAGCUAUCGGGACUACCCACCGAAUUCUGGGAACGUCUCCCUGGACUCUGCAUUCUGCACGCUGACGGCGUCGUCUCCUCUCCUGGAGAUCAGCAGCAUCUUCUUCUUCUUUGUACCGGCCAUUCUCAUUCUUUGCUUGUACAUCACUAUGGGCGUACACAUAAGGUCUACCCGAGUGAGCGCGAAGACCAAAAUCGGCUUGUUCAAAGACCAUGUCCACGGAGAAUCGCGCCAGGCAAAGUCGAGGAAAGCUGUUAUUCGCAUGCUGAUUGCGGUGGUGAUAGCCUUCUUCGUGUGCUGGGCGCCAUUCCACGUGCAAAGGCUCUUCUUCAUCUACGGCUACCAGCACCCGCAGUUCAACGUCAUCAAUGAGCACCUCUUCAACGUGGCCGGCGCCUUGUACUACGUGUCGGCGACUGUCAACCCCAUCUUGUACAACGUUAUGAGUGCUAGAUACCGCAUGGCGUUCCACGAGACUCUCCUCUGCAGACAUGGUCCCCGUACCAACUACGACUUCGCACGCCGUAACACCACCAUGUCCUCCACCUACCGUCACAAGUCCAGCUUCUACAAAGACCCCAUGAGCCAAUCCACCAGGAUAUCCACCAGCAAGGUCGACUUCGUCAAGGAUGAAUCCCCAUUUUCCAUCGAAACUAAAAUCGAUGAUAACACUAUGUUUUAUUUUCCCAACGGAGCAAAUAAAGUUGGGGAAACGAAUCAUAAUAAUUGUGAAAUUAUACCGUAAAAAGCCUGGUUGAGAAUUUUUGAGAAUUUCUCAUUUCUUUUAAUAGGAUUCUGAUUUACGGAAAAUAUUUAUAGUACAAAGUACUUAGAAGUGGAGAAUAAUUGUAACUACACCGGUAAAGACUAUAGCUUGGCAAAUUCGUUCGUAGCACUCCAAUGGCCCGCGCGGGCCGGGAGGGGGUAGCGAUGCCCCACGCACAUGACUUCAUACCCUCGCAGACCUUCCCUCUAGCCCGCGCGCACGAAAUCACACCUGUGCAAUCCUUCCCUAUGCCCCGCGCACACGACUUCAUACCCGCGUAGUCUGUCCCCCUGGUCCGCGCGCGCGACUUCAUACCCGCGUAGUUUGUCCCUCUGGCCCGCGCGCACGAUUUCACACCCUCGCAGUUCUUUCCCCCCGUCGCCCGCAUAUCAUGGAAGUGUCAUCAACUGACUUGCCAUGCUAUAAAGACACUGCUUGUAUGUAAAAAAAGGUAAUUAGUCAAACUCUUAGAAUGUAGAUAAACAGGUAAUGUUGACUUAAAUAUCAAUGUAAAAGUAAGUCAAGGUAAUUUAUUUAAAGUUUUUACUGCUGCUCAUUCGGCAAAUAACUUAGUGGCCAAAUCCUACUAAUAUUAUAAACACGGAUGUUUGUUUGGAUGUUUGUUACUCCUUAACGCCGCAACUACAGAACCGAUUUGGCUGAAAUUUGGAAUGGAAAUAGAUUUUACUCUUAAUUACUUUUCGUCCCGGAAAAAUCCAUCAUUCGAGAGAUUUGUGAAAAACUAUAUUUCACGCGGACGAAGUCGCGGGCGUCCGCUAAUCAUUUUAUAUACCAUGAAAAUGCAGACUGUAUUCCUUUGUGUACUACAAAGAAGUUAAUUACAAGAAUAGCCAACACUGAAGUUUCUCUCCAUCGAGGCAAAUGUUUUCAGAGUUUUACAACUUAACAAAGAAUUCAGCGGCGAGCGUCAUAAUUUACACAAAAAAGUUGUUCUACAAAAAGUUAGCAUUUCAAAAUUAUAUUCUAGAAACUAGAUAAAUAAAUCAAUGAAAAAUACAUAAAAGACGGAUUUUAUAUCGAUAUAUUGAUAAGAAAAUGGGAUAGGAUUUUAUUUCUAGAACGGGAGUUGUAUAGUUAUGAAGGAAAAUCGUGAAAAUGCCGUAAAAAGUCUCGACUUAUAGAGAUGACAACUGUACUCGUAAUUUGAAGACAUUUAUUAUAAUAUAUUUUAUUGAGAGGAUUCAGUGAGAGAGACAUAAAAAGAGUAAUAAUGUUUUUAAGUCUUGGAUUGCUUCGUACUUGUUCAAAAGAUUUUGUUGAGUAUCUUUUUUAAUAGUCAAAGGUAGCUGCAAAGGAUUCCAAUUUCAUUUUCCCUGCUAAUAAAAUAAAAUCGAUGGAAGAAAAUUUUUACGUAUACCAAAUACAUAGAUCGUAAAAUAUCACAAAUUGCUCAGAGCCGUCUAGUCCGUUUCCGGUGGUUCUGAUUUAUACGGAGACCAUUUAUGCGGCAAAAAUAUUUAAAUUCUUUUCCCUGAGUCGAGAAGGACUAACAAUUAAGUAUUUUUAUGAGGUUUAACUUAUAAUGAGGACGUUAAAGCUCUUAAUAUUUCUUGGAAUUUUUAUACCUGCUAACAAAAAAGAAAAUUUUCUUUUAAAUACUUAAAGAAAUGUUAGAUUUAAGAUACUCGUAAUAUAUAAAUUCUAACUGCUGUAUAUUUUAAAUUAUAUUAUAAGGAUGCUCCAACCAAUACAAUGUAAUGGAAGGAGGUCAUAAGAGGCAGAAGUAAUUUUUUAUUGUUUUUAUUUGUAUACGAUAAUUAACUAAAUAAUAUUUUUAUUAAUCUCGAUUAGCACUGUAUAAAAUGUUAUACCUACAUAUAGAUCGUACAUAAAUAUAUUUAUUGUAUAUAAUAUAUAUGUUUUUUAUUUAUUCACAAGUAAGCCCUUUGAAUAUGAUCUCCGGUGCAUUCUAGAUGGUAUUAAUUAUGUAGAUAAUAAGAGAUUCUCACCCUGUGACAUAAAAGGAGGUACCCAGUAUUUCUAAAUAGAAUAACGUUCUUAAUAGAUUUAAAUAUAAUAAAUAAAUGAAUCAAGAUAGAGAACUUAUAAGAGAAAGCCUGAAAGCGGCGGCGUGGACAGUAAAAUGUAAACGAUUGUAUGGACGAUUGGGCAGAAGGCGAAAUUGAAAAUGGAAAGACACAAUAGGAGAGGUAGGCCAAAGAAGAGUGGAAUGUGUGAAGUUGGAUAUGUGUGUAAAAGGAGUGGAUGAUUAAGUAGUUGACGAAUAAUAGAAGCAAGUAAUAGCUUACCCCUUACGUGUGAAAGCAAAAAUUAGUUAAAUGUGGGUAAUCCACAAUCUCUUUUUUUCCCUGGUUAAGCGUGCGCCCAAAAGUUGGAAACAUCGUACAUAGGUUACGUCACUGUCAUAUUUAUUUUAAGCGAGCAAUAUAGAUUUUUUUGCGAGAAAUCCUUACCCUUUAUUUGCCCCCCCCCCCCCCCCCCUCCUAAAUAAUUUUGGUACAGGGCAUCCUCCAUGCUACGCCACUGCCCACUUCAUUGGGGUAAGGUAAAGGAGAUGAUAGAAAUAAAUGAAUAUUUGAUAGUGUAAUUCAAUUUCAAAUAUUAACUGUACAGAGAUUUUUUAAUGUGUUAUCUUAUAAGUCGAAUAAAAG